UUCCACAUAAAACACGAGCUCCUUCCCCAAGUGGUCGUUCAUGACCACGUCCCUGUUCCAAAUUUGAGGAGCUCAUAAAUGUCUCCCCAUAUAAAUUGCCGAUUACUUGCUUCUUCCUUUCUUUCAUCUUCUUCCACCCUCCGUCUUACAUCGAGCCAAUUGAGGACCGGCCUUUACCACAGAUCGCCACAGCCUUACAUCCCUCUGAACUCCCACUAUUCUGCAUUCUCUUUUCGCUCACGUUUCUUCUCUGCUUAUACCGCCAAGAUGUCUUCCUCUGCUGCUGGAGAAAAGGGCACUUUUAAGCCCGUUGCCGAGAAGCAGAGUCAGGAUUUACCUGGGUCGGAGCAAGAAAUGAAGCCCACGAGCGAGUCGCUUAAGUUCGAAGGAGAAGGCAGAUUUGUCGAAUAUAAAGGCGUUGGAAAACUUAAUAGACGGAAGGUUCUAAUCACUGGAGGAGACUCUGGAAUUGGCCGAGCCGUUGCCGUUAUGAUGGCCAGGGAAGGUGCAGAUAUUACCAUUGUCUACCUGCCCGACGAGCAACAAGAUGCAGAACAGACCAAAGAACUGGUGGAGCGCGAGCAUCAGAAAUGCUUGCUCUUCCCGGGCAAUCUUAUGGACAAUGACACGUGCAAAAAGGCCGUCGAGGCCCACAUAAGAGAACAUGGUGGCCUGAAUAUUCUCGUCAACAAUGCCUCUAAGCAGUUGAUGUGCACCGACUUUGCGGAAAUUGAUCUUGACAAUGUAGAGAGCACUUUCCGAAGCAACAUUCUCCAGAUGUUCGCCAUUACAAAAUACGCUCUCAAUCAUCUGCGCAAGGGUGACUCUAUCAUCAAUACUACCUCGGUGGUUGCCUUUCGCGGCACCGGAGCUAUGGUCGACUAUGCCGCUACGAAGGGGGCUAUUGUUGGCUUUACUAGGGCGCUUGCCAAACAAUUGAUCCCCAAGGGAAUUAGGGUUAAUGCGGUUGCACCUGGGCCCGUUCAUACUCCGCUGCAGCCGGCUUCUAGGCCCGCCGAGCAAAUGGAAGGUUUUGGACAAAAGUCUCAGAUUGGCAGGCCAGGCCAGCCGAGUGAGAUUGCUCCGACUUACGUCUUCCUUGCAAGCAAAGAAAGUGAACUUUACUAUGGCCAAAUCAUGCACCCGUAUCCGCUGGGUGAUUAAUCUACUCGCGUCGAGACACUUUUGACAAUGGAUCGCCGCAAUUCAGAGGCAGGAAGGGUUCCGAUGGCUUUUCAAAUCAGCUUUACUCCAACUCUUUUAUGUGAGCGCUGAAAUAGCUGAACAUAUGGUUGUUGCUUUACAUGCGGUUAUGGAUUUAUUUAUCAGCAAUGAAGGCGUUCGUGCGAAUUUCUUCAAAAAGUAGAGGCUUUUCGCGCUAUUUAUAUUUUCUCUACUGGCGCUAGCUUUGUUAGCUAUGAUCAAUUGAUCACUCUGAAGCAUCUUUACCAAUACAAGG